AUGAUUGAGAAAUUGGCUGAGGUAGAAGCUAUUCAGAAAGAGCAAGAAGCUAUUCAGACUGAGAUUGUUGAGAAAGAGGCUGACGUUACUGAGAAAGAUGCUGAGAUAGCUGAGAAAGAGGAUCAAGAUGUGGAUGAAGAGGAGGAAAAAGCAGAGGAAAGUGACAAGAAUCCUGAUGUCUUUCAAAAUGUGGAGGAAGAGGAGGAAAAAGUUGAGGAAAGUGAAGAUAAUCCUGUGGAGAGUCCCUCUGAAAAACAGGCUAAGCUAGCUGAGAAGUCAGUUGAAUCUGAUGUCGAUCAAGAUGUGGAGGAAGAGGAGGAAAAAGCUAAGGAAAGUGAAGAUAAUCCUGUGGAGAGUCCUGCUGAGAAACAGACUGAGCUAGCUGAGAAGUCAGUUGAGGUAGAAGUAAAGACUAAGCGCAAGCCUAGUCUCAAGGUCAUAGCAGCGUCGUAUGGCAUUCCCAGAGCUGAGAGACUAGCAAAAAUGAGAGCUGAAGCUGAAAAAAAAGAAAGUUAA